CGAGCCGCCUUUAGCCAAGUACACAUGGUCACCUAUUGUCGUUAAAGUGAAUACAUUUUGCAAGAAAAACACAGGAAUUGCCCUGGUGGAAAAAUGACCGACAAAUCGCCCAUCACUCCUUCGACCGUGGUGAUGAAGAUGGCUGCACCGGUGCCAAAAACGCCAUACUCUCACCACGUACAACAAUUACAGCAACAAUACGUGCCACGGAGACCUUCGCCGUUGGCGAGAUUCACUUCUUCGGAAGGCGAGGAUGAGAAUGAAGACAUAGACUUUGUCCCUCGCAGCGGUGGAAGAACUCCGAUGGACGGGACAUACCAGAGUCCAAUUUCUGUGGCUUCAGAAGAUGGAGAAGUCAAACUCGACAGAAACAAUAGCGUUGCCAACAGAAAAGAUGAUUCCAGUCUGCAAAACCCCGUUCUGCUGAAAAAAUCAUUUUCCAUAUCAAACAACAUGCUUCCGGACGAUAAAGAUGGUCGCAAGUUGCUGGUUCCGCCCUCUUCCACGCCAUCUUAUGGUGGAAUUGUGGCUUCUGAGUACAACAGUGACGUUGAAAGCGAUGAUGAUUUUGGAAGCAACGCUGAAGCUGUUAACAAUGGCGACUCGAGAUCGACAUCGAUCUCAAAUGUCUCUAACAUGUCCACGCUCAAUGGUCUAGUGAUCUCCACCGACGAUGGAGAAUACGACGAAGAGGACGAUGCUGAGAAGCAUCCUAUACCACUUUUUGUUCACGGAGACCACGUCCUUAUCUUCAGCAGUGAGUGUAUGAAGGAUUUGACUAUCAAACAUGGAAUCACAGGACAAUUGUCCGGUACCUUGCCCCUAGCACCACAGCAAAACUCGCUAUUGGGCUUCCCAUGGAGGUUGAGUCUAUAUGAAGUGCUCUGGUGUCUACAUGAAGGGGUAGGUGUAUUGGUGGAUGCUGAAGAAGUCGUGAAGAAUGGAUAUCUGAAAGAACUGGCAGAUGAUGACCGCAAGCGAAGGGUGGUCGUGGACGAUUUACAGGAUAGGCUUGACCGCUGGCGGGAUGAGAAGCAGAAGGAGAUUGAAGAGCAGAUGAAGAAGUUGAACAUUAUCAAAAAAGACAGGCGAGUAAUGAAACCCUUAGAAAACGUGUUGGUCAGCAGCGCAAGUAUGCCUGAUCUGCAACAGGUAAUCAACGAUAAGGAGAGAAAAGAAAAAGACAUCGAGGAUGCCAAACAGAAGAGCAGAGAGAUGCAUGAAAAGAGCAAGAAAAACCAAAUUGUUUUUAUGGAGACUCCCACCGACGACUCAAGAAUCUCCUUUCUUUGGGAUGGCCUUCUGAAAAAGUACUACGAUGCGAAGAGCUACCGCCAGUUUGGUUUAUUGCAGCAACUCAUAGAUUACGAGGUCGAGCACAUGCACUACGAGGACAACCAGUCGUGCUAUGACAAGAUCUGGCUAAACUUCCUCGUCUACAAGCACUUGAAGUCUCAACUGGGCUUCUAUCUGUUGCCAGGGAUGCGUUUCGGUGGUGUUUUUGUUUCAUAUCCAGGUGACCCACUGCGGUACCACGCACAGCAGAUUAUCGACACAAAAGAGUACUACAAGGAGGAUAUCGGAUUGUUCCGAAUGUGCAACCGAGGCCGGCUAGCCACAGGCGUCCGCAAGGUGUGGAUCGUCGGCGGGACGGUGGAUGCCGGUAACAAGGACAAAAGCAUAGUAGAGAGGUUGUUCUUCGAUGGCAGUAAGGGUGACAGGAGCGGCGGCCGUGGAGAAGCUGGCAAUACCAGCUCUGGUUCUGGCAAAAUACGGUGUUUCAGCAUCGAAUGGGCAGGUUUUUAGAUUUUUAAUAAGUUAUGUCUAUUUUACGUAAGCGCACGUUUUUUUUCCCCU